AUGGUGCGGCAAGGACGUCACGGCCAUCAUUGUGGCCCAAGUCGUCCGCGUGCUGCAAAGUGCCGUCCCAACUGGCCUCACACGCACAGUUUGUCUCAUGUCGCCUGGAUCGAGGAUUCACUCAGGGAGCAUGGGGGUUCGGAUGGCCGCCUCCAUCCAGUCUCUUCUAUUCGGGAACACGGCCGAAUUGACAGGGAGGUGCCCUGCUGCCAACUCAUGGUUGCUUCGGAUUCUGCAUGCGCCCAACCGGCCUUCUUGAAGGGAUUGCGGUGA